GGAACAAGUCCCGUCACUUGUACCUUUCUUUCUUCUAUGAAGUCCAGAACGAGAACACAGAACCAUUUCCUGCAGUAUCGUCAAUGACGAUCGGUUCUGAGAUAAUAGGGAACAAGAAAACCCAUCACCAAACUGCCAUCCCAACGGAGGAUUCGCAGCCAUCGCAGCACCUCCCUCAAGAAAUCAUCUUCGACAUACUCUCGAGACUUCCCGUCAAGCAUCUUCUGCGAUUCAGGUCCGUUUGUAGAUCAUGGCUUUCUUUGAUUUCAAAUCACCAAUUUGUUAAAUCCCAUCUCAGUAUAGCUUCUAAUACGAGCGACCAGAGACUCGUUUUGAAUGCUUACCCUAGUCUUACUGGACUGAAGUCAUGUUCACUUGACUCUGUAAUGGAGGGUAAACUACCGGAUAAUGCGGUUGAAUUCGAUUAUCCAUCUAAAGAACUUAAUCAAUUUGUUUAUAUGGUGGGUUCGUGUGGUGGGUUAAUGUGCGUUGCUACUUAUAUAUGGGAUACUGAUCAAAGGACUAUAUAUCUAUGGAACCCAUCUACUAGGAAAUCUAAGAGAUUGCCAGAUUUGGGAGUUAGGAGGGGGUGGAAUUGUCACGAUUUAUAUGGGUUUGGGUUUGAUGAGUCCAAUGAUGACUACAAAGUGGUGCUGAUAUUCUGCAAUAGUGGUGGUGGGGUUUCAGCUGAGAGGAAAGUGAUGGUUUAUACGUUGAGGACAGACUCGUGGAGACAAAUUGGAGGCAUUUCUUGUGAUGUUCCUUUUGGUUUUAUCGGGAAAUUUUUGAAUGGGUCGAUCCAUUGGGUUGUACGUGACAAUAGUGGUUCAAGCUACUCUUCUGUCAAUGUCAUUGUUUCUCUUGAUUUGGAAAAAGAGACGUAUAAUGAGGUUCUGCUACCUAAUUAUGGUGCCGAUGUUUUCCAUUUGGAAUUGUGUGUUUUAAAAGGAAGCCUCGGUGUGCUGUGUAUGUGUCGAAAGAAUUAUACUGAUGUAUGGAUAAUGAAGGAGUACGGCACGGUAAGUUCUUGGACCAAGUUGUUCACAAUACAGGACGUAGCUGAAGCACAGAAAGGACCGAUUCCUCGAUUCGCAUCAAUAAUGUGCAUUUCAAACAAUGGCAAAUAUUUAAUAUUAUUUGGGCAAAAGUUUAGUAUCUACAGUCCAAAAAAUGGUACUUCUAGGAAUUCGAUAAUUCGUAACUGGGACCCCUAUUUUCAAAUAUGUACCUAUGUUGAGAGCUUAGUCUCACCCAAUGCUGACAACGUGGUUCCAAGGCAACACCAAUAACAGCUCAUGAAGAGAGUUAGGAGCACACUUCUUUCCAGAUGGGAGAAAAGAUCGUUGAAGAUUUUGACUUGGGAGCUCAGAAGCAAGGUAUCGGGUUGGGUCACUCUGACUUCAGGGCCUUGCUACUUAGCCGAAUACAACUCGAAAACUGCACUUUCAAAAGUCACCCUCUUAAAGGAUACUAGUAGAGUCUAUUGAAUUUCAGCUUAUGAGUAUCUCGUCUUAGUAGUCUAAGAACUAUAGAAACAAUAAAUGUGGAUGUGAUAAUGUGUUUGAACAUAAGCAUGGUAUGCUUAUGAACUUUGUUUCUUGUGUUUUUAGAUCUUAUGUUUUGAUAAGGAUAUCCCCGCCUUAUUCUGCUGCUGUGCGUGUCGGUACAGUGCAAACGGGUUGAGCUGAGCUGAGCUGGACUUUGUAGUGUUAAAUGUGUAUGUAGAGGUUUUCUGACAUUAUGUUUCA